CUUUGGCACAUCAGCUUCUCAAAAUGGCUAUCGUCGGGAGUACUCUACGCUUGAACCUUAUGCGGCAACUAUUAUAAAAGUUGUAACACUGAGACGGAGAGGGAACGCUCCUUUAGGUUUCUCGAUCAGAGGAGGAUGGGAACAUGGAACAGGAGUCUUUAUUUCGGAAGUAGUACCUGGUUCUAUAGCUCAAAAACAAGGCUUAAGGGUGGGUGAUCAGAUUGUCCGCAUUAAUGGCUUCAGUAUUCACCGAGCUAUCCAUAUGGAAGUUUUAUCACUCCUGAAAACAUGUCCUGGAAUAGUGUUGAAAAUUAAGAGGGUAGGAAUUCUACCGAUUAAAGAAAGAGAGAAAGAUCCAGUGACAUGGAAAAUAGUAGAACCUGAACCCUCUAUCUGCUCUGAUCAAAUAGCUCAUUCCCAUGUGAAUGGGUCUACUUUGGAAAAUAGCAUCAUUGUAAAAGUAGAAAUUAAAGUUCCUGGAAACUCCAGUUUAGGCUGCAGUAUAGCGAAAGGUCCUCCUGAAAUGCCAGGCAUAUUUAUGUGCACGGUAAAGGAAAGAGGAAUUGCAGAUCAAGCUGGGCUUCAAGUUGGAGAUCAAAUACUGGAUAUGAAUGGAACCAGUUUUCAAGACCUCAAAUUGAAUGAAGCUGUUGCUCUAAUGAAAUCGGCGAAAGAUAUUCGUUUAACUGUCAAGAAAGGAGCAGGCAUUAGUCUAUUUCUAGAUAAUGGAUCAACUAGCCAGCUAUCGAACAGUAAUAAAAAUGACGAUACAGUCUCUACAACCAGAAGUCUUAGUGACGGCCUUUCAACAACUCUGAAGGACCAUGAGUUUUCUGGCAGCUGUUCUUCAAAAUCAGAAGGUAGCUCAUUUCAAAGCAGUGUCUCUAGUGAUUCAGAGAAAGACUAUUCCAUUUCCGAGGAAAGCACAUUUGAAGGCCUGCCAAAAAAUAGCAAGUGGCCCCAUCACAAAAAGAAUCCAUCUACUUCGACUACUGAAGAAGACUCUUGGAUUCUUGAAGAAAAAAGAAGUUUGGAAGAAGAUCGAAGGAAGCUAGCUGAAGAAAAACGUAGGCUGGAAGAAGAAAAGAGAAAGCUAGAGCUUGAAAAGUCAUCAUCCUCAUCAUCAUCUCAGCCACCUUCAUUAGAAGAUAAUACAUCCAGAGAUAACAGCUUUCUGAAUGAGCUUCAGAAAGUUGCUGCUAGGAUGAAUACCAAAGAAAACAGAAAUGACUUUACGAAAAAUGGUUCUGCUGGAAAGUUGAACAGACCUGAUGGUUUUAAAGGAAGAAGGUGCAAAGAAGAUGCUGUGAAAAGAAUGCAACACGGUAAAAAAUAA